CAUGUCCUCACCCAACGAAUCCAUCAGUGAUUUCGGCAAGUAUCACCAUAAAGCAGCCUAAAUUUUAUUCCGUUUGCUCUUUGCCGUCUCUCUUGGGCUGUUCAACUACACCCACGUCCAUACAGACACGCAUACAUAACGGGUGAAGGAGAGAGCGAGAAGUGGACGGUUGUAGUGACGGCGUUAUAUGUAUACGCGCCGUCUACCAGCCCGCGUCAGCUUCAACGUUUUGAUUAAAGAGUUUAUGCUUACCAAACAACCCAUUAGACGAUGCCGCAUCUACCAAGAAGCGAGGACGCGAUCAAUCCGUAGAACCUCAAGACGUUCCUGCGGACGUUGCUACGGGGACAAGCAGCCGACUUCUUCUGCACCCAAAAAAUCUAAGCGCGACGGAGAAGAAGAAGAUAUAGAACCAUCAUCUGCAACGUCAGUACGCACGAUCCGUCGAAAUUUAAAAGACAUGUCUACGGCUGAUAAAGAAUCCAACAAUCCAGAAUCCACAACAUCAUUACAACCUAACGAACAAGAAGAGGAUACCACCAUGCAUCAUAACGAAGAAAAAAAUAAGGAGGAUGAAGAGAUACAAGAGGCAUCUUCAGAGACAAUCAAAGAAGCUGCGGUAGAUACAACGACAAUGACGAAUAAUGGCUCAUCACCUUUGCUGCAUGAUCAACAAGCAGAACAACAAGAGCAAGAAAAAGAAUCAGCAUCCGAAAAAAAGAAGCAUGCAUUUGCGGCAUUCGGUGGUGGCAAUGAAGAUGAUGACGGUUGGGGUGAGUUCGCAGAAGUGGAUAAAGAUGAGCAGGCAAAAAAGGAUUCAGCGGCUGCAGCAGAAGAAAGACCAAAGUAUACAUUUGGCGCCACAUCCGGGUUUGGUACUAAGGGUUGGAGCUCACAGCAAACAGCCACUCCACCGGUUGCACAAACGACACAAAAGCCAACAUUUGGCGGAUUCUCCGGAUUUGGUGCAUUCGGCUCAAGAUCUGGCACCAACAGCUCAACAACAGCAACAACAACAACCCCGUUAGUGCCAACAGCUUCUAGCAGUAACAAACCUGUGACGUUCGGAUCGUUUGCUCAAGCUUCUUCGUUUGCCCUGGCGGCAGCAAGUAGCCCUACGAAUGCCUUGCAGUCCGUAUCUGUACUAAACAAAGACUUGAGCUAUCUCUCAAACGCAAGCACCACUACGGACAAUGAAGACGACGGAGAAAGCAACAACACGGAAACACGUAGCGCAACAUUGACACCUGAACCAGCUGCCGAUAAUACCACCAGCACGACGACAAACCCAAUUAAACCUGUGAAGCAAGCCGAAGUGUUUACGGGCGAAGAAGAUGAAGAUACAUUGUAUCAGACCAAGGCAAAACUGUAUGAAAUGGAGGGCACCACGGGCAAUUGGAAAGAACGUGGUGUUGGUACAUUACGUAUCAAGCAACAUAAAGAAAAUAGCGAGCGCAGGCGUGUCGUGAUGCGCGCAGAUUCUGUAUACCGUCUCAUCCUUAAUAUCCGACUGGUAUCGUGGCUCAAGUUUGAAAUCAUGCAGGAAAGAUUUGUACGGUUUGGUGCGAUCGAGAUGGAGACGAACGAGAACGGAACAGCGGAGCGGAAGUUCCGUAGUUUUGCGCUUAAAGUAGCAAAUCCUACGGCCGCCGACGACUUACUAAACAACUUGGUCUCAUCGCUACCCAAUGAGGACGAAAAAGCAAAAGAUUAAUGAUUUUAAUAUAUAUAUAAAAAUAUACAAUUGUUUUUUAUACUCUGCUAGUUUGUUAUUUUUUCGACACGAUUAAUUUGAAGAAAGACAAGUUGGGGUUUGAAGGGUAUUGAUCAAAAAAGAAAUUGGGGGAGCGAAAAAAGAAACGGAUUUAAGAGAGG